ACACACUCCUCUCCAACCCUUUUCACUUCCUCUAUAAAUCAAACGCUCCUCUGCCUCUCUCAACGCUUACCCCAAACGCUCCCGAUAACCAAGCUCUCCGCCGGCCAACUUCUGCCUGCUGUCCGCCGCCGCCGCUUCUUUCGUUUUUCUUUUUGUCGUUCUUAACUCAUCCUGUCUCCUCUCUGUUCUUUGUAUUUUACUGCCUUUGCCAGCUCCGUUUCCUACCCUUCUCCUUCGCCGGAUCUCGUGAAUUCCGUCGGUGCAUGUGAUCAGACGAACAGAAGCUCUGUGUGUGAUAGGGAAGAAAAAAAAUUCGUAGAGAUCUCUAAUAACAAAAACGAAUUGACCUGACCUAUCUCCGUUCUCCUGGAUCUGAGACUCUGAACUCUUUUUCUUCAAUCCGUUUGAAUUUUCCGAGAAUCAAUUUUUGGCCGUUCCGAAAAUGUCGGGUACUGGGACUAUGAGCAAUCUGCUUCAGCAAGGGGCUACCGCUAGCUCAGCAUCGCCGCUGCUUCAGCCAAACAAGGCGUCGUCCCCUGUAUUCGCCGUCCCUUCGUAUUCUCAGCGAGGAGGGACGACGACGCGAUGCCGCUCCGUCGCCGCCAGGAACGGUUUGGAGAAAUCGAAGCUCUUCGGGACGCGAUUGAGGCCUCACGCAGCGGAGAGGCUGCACGUGUGGCAGUCGGACGGGCCGGGGAGGUCACCGAAGCUCCGGGUGGUGGUUCGGUCCGCAUUGUCCGGUGUGCCGGAGAAACCCCUCGGUCUUUACGAUCCGUCUUUCGAUAAGGACUCUUGCGGUGUGGGAUUCGUCGCGGAGCUGUCCGGCGACAGCAAUCGGAAGACGGUAACCGAUGCGGUGGAAAUGUUGGUUCGCAUGACCCACAGGGGAGCUUGUGGCUGCGAAGCGAAUACCGGCGACGGAGCUGGGAUUCUCGUCGGCCUUCCUCACGGUUUCUACAAAGAGGUUACGAAGGAUCUUGGGUUUGAGCUUCCUCAGCCGGGAGAAUAUGCAGUUGGAAUGUUCUUUUUGCCCACCUCAGACAACCGCAGGGAGGAAAGCAAAAAUGUGUUUACUAAGGUUGCCGAGUCCCUUGGCCAUACAGUUCUUGGAUGGCGGCCUGUACCGACAGAUAACUCUGGGUUGGGGCAGUCUGCUUUGCAGACAGAGCCUGUGAUCGAGCAGGUCUUCCUCACCCCGACUCCUAGGUCGAAAGCUGAUUUUGAACAGCAGAUGUAUAUAUUACGGAGGGUAUCCAUGGUAGCAAUCCGCGCUGCACUGAACCUCCAACAUGGUGCUGUCCGUGACUUCUAUAUAUGUUCUCUGUCAUCUAGGACCGUUGUUUACAAAGGUCAGCUGAAGCCUGUACAGCUGUCGGAAUACUACUAUGCGGAUCUUGGGAAUGAAAGCAUGGGAACCACCGGUAUCUGGAGAUAUGCCAGGUUGGGGAUGACUUCUGAGGCAUUGAAGUAUGAAUGGUCUCUUAAGUAUCCUCCACACCCUUGAUUACUAAUUAAAUUUGGAUGGCUGGAUUGGAUGCCCUUGUUGGAGUUGGCCAGAAGUCUCAUUGUCAAUCAUGUUUGCAGAAAUUUACUGCACUGCUGUAUCUGGUCAGUUGUUUGAAGAGGACACUCCCAGUUGGUGGUUGAAAGGAUGUUUUGUUUGGUCAAGGUACACUCUCGCUUUUCGACCAACACUUUCCCUAGCUGGGAUCGUGCUCAACCAAUGCGUGUCUUGGGCCACAACGGUGAAAUCAACACUCUUAGGGGCAACGUGAAUUGGAUGAGAGCACGUGAGGGUCUACUGAAAUGCAAGGAGCUUGGGCUCUCUAAGAACGAGAUGAAGAAGCUCUUGCCAAUUGUUGAUGCUAGUUCAUCCGACUCUGGGGCAUUUGAUGGUGUCCUCGAACUUCUGGUUCGAGCUGGGAGAAGUCUCCCUGAAGCUGUCAUGAUGAUGAUCCCUGAAGCCUGGCAAAAUGAUAAGAACAUGGACCCACAAAGGAAAGCAUUAUACGAGUACUUCUCUUGUCUCAUGGAGCCAUGGGAUGGGCCUGCACUUGUCUCAUUCACUGAUGGCCACUAUCUUGGAGCUACACUAGAUCGCAAUGGCUUGCGUCCGGGCAGGUUCUAUGUAACUCGAAGUGGGAGAGUUAUCAUGGCCAGUGAAGUUGGUGUUGUUGACGUACCUCCUGAAGAUGUGCUCAGGAAAGGAAGGCUUAACCCUGGAAUGAUGCUUCUGGUGGAUUUUGAGAAGCACAUUGUUGUAGAUGAUGAAGCAUUGAAGCAACAAUACUCUCUAUCAAGGCCAUAUGGCGACUGGCUGAAGAGGCAAAAGAUUGAACUGAAGGAUAUAAUUGAGGCAAUUCCUGAAGCUGACAGAGUUCCCCCAGAGUUGGCGGGUGUUGUUUCAGCUUCAAGUAACGAUGAGAACAUGGAGAACAUGGGAAUUCAUGGUUUGCUGGCGCCAUUGAAAGCUUUUGGCUAUACGGUGGAAGCCUUGGAGAUGUUGUUGCUUCCCAUGGCAAAAGAUGGCAGCGAGGCUCUUGGCUCAAUGGGAAAUGAUACUCCACUGGCUGUUAUGUCUGACAGAGAAAAGCUCACUUACGAAUAUUUUAAGCAAAUGUUCGCUCAAGUUACAAACCCUCCAAUUGAUCCCAUUAGAGAGAAAAUUGUCACUUCAACGGAAUGCAUGAUUGGCCCUGAAGGUGAUCUGACAGAAACAACUGAAGAGCAAUGCCACCGCCUCUCACUGAAGGGCCCUCUCCUGACAAUCGAUGAAGUCGAGGCUGUUAAGAAGAUGAACUACAGGGGUUGGCGGAGCAAAGUUCUCGACAUAACUUAUUCAAGGGACAGUGGCAGGAAGGGAUUGGAGGAAACCUUGGAUAGGAUUUGUGCUGAAGCACAUUCUGCAAUCAAGGAAGGUUACACCUUGCUAGUUCUUUCUGAUAGAGCCUUUUCUUCCACGAGGGUGGCUGUAAGCUCUCUCUUGGCUGUUGGUGCGGUCCAUCAUCACCUUGUGAGAAAGCUUGAGCGAACUCAAGUAGGUUUGAUUGUGGAGUCUGCAGAACCACGUGAAGUUCAUCAUUUCUGUACUUUGGUUGGAUUUGGUGCAGAUGCUAUAUGCCCAUACUUGGCUGUAGAGGCUAUUUGGAGACUCCAGGUUGAUGGGAAAAUUCCUCCAAAAUCUAAUGGAGAAUUUCACUCGAAGAAUGAGUUGGUGAAAAAGUAUUUCAAAGCAAGCAACUAUGGCAUGAUGAAGGUUCUUGCCAAAAUGGGGAUAUCAACACUGGCCUCAUACAAGGGUGCUCAAAUUUUUGAAGCUCUUGGUCUUUCAUCUGAGGUGAUUGAGAAGUGCUUUGCUGGAACUCCAAGCAGAGUUGAGGGAGCUACAUUUGAGAUGCUCGCCCGUGAUUCUCUUCGUUUGCAUGAGUUGGCAUUCCCUAGGCGAGCUCUACCUCCUGGAAGUGCAGAGGCUGUCGCACUGCCAAAUCCAGGGGACUACCAUUGGAGAAAGGGAGGUGAGAUUCACUUGAACGAUCCUCUUGCCAUAGCAAAGCUCCAAGAAGCUGCCAGAGCUAAUAGUGUAGCUGCUUAUAAAGAAUACUCUAAACGCAUUCAAGAAUUAAACAAAGCCUGUAAUUUGAGGGGGAUUCUGAAGUUUAAGGACUCUGCAAUCAAGGUUCCACUGGAUAUGGUGGAGCCAGCCAGUGAGAUUGUGAAACGAUUCUGCACCGGAGCUAUGAGUUAUGGGUCUAUUUCAUUGGAGGCACACUCAACUCUUGCUGUUGCGAUGAAUAAGAUUGGAGGGAGGUCUAACACAGGUGAGGGAGGUGAGCAGCCUUCUAGAAUGGAGCCUUUUUCAGACGGUACGAGAAAUCCAAAGAGGAGUGCAAUUAAGCAGGUUGCAAGUGGGAGAUUCGGUGUAUCAAGUUACUAUCUAACAAAUGCGGAUGAAUUGCAGAUUAAAAUGGCUCAGGGAGCCAAGCCUGGUGAAGGUGGUGAGCUACCUGGGCAUAAGGUUAUAGGAGAUAUUGCAGUAACCCGAAACUCCACUGCUGGUGUUGGCCUCAUCAGCCCUCCUCCUCAUCAUGAUAUCUAUUCUAUUGAAGACCUUGCUCAACUGAUUCACGAUCUCAAGAAUGCCAACCCAGGAGCUCGGAUUAGUGUCAAGUUGGUAUCUGAAGCUGGCGUGGGUGUGAUAGCUAGUGGAGUGGUGAAGGGUCAUGCUGAUCACGUCUUGAUCUCAGGUCACGAUGGAGGUACCGGAGCUUCUAGAUGGACAGGCAUUAAAAAUGCCGGGCUCCCGUGGGAGCUUGGUUUGGCCGAAACCCACCAAACACUCGUUGCCAACAACCUUCGAGGCCGUACUGUUCUCCAGACCGAUGGUCAACUAAAAACCGGAAGAGAUGUAGCAGUUGCUGCACUUCUCGGUGCAGAAGAGUUCGGCUUCAGCACAGCACCUCUCAUAACUCUUGGAUGCAUCAUGAUGAGAAAGUGCCAUAAAAACACUUGCCCGGUUGGCAUUGCCACUCAAGAUCCAGUUCUCAGAGAAAAGUUUGCUGGAGAGCCUGAACACGUCAUCAAUUUUUUCUUCAUGUUGGCUGAAGAGCUUAGGGAGAUAAUGUCCGGGCUCGGCUUCCGCACGCUUAACGAGAUGGUUGGUCGUGCGGAUAUGCUGGAAGUUGAUAGAGAUGUUGUUAAGAACAACGAAAAGCUUGAAAACAUUGACCUUUCACUCCUACUUAGACCUGCUGCUGACAUCCGCCCGGGGGCUGCUCAGUAUUGCGUGGAGAAGCAAGACCAUGGUUUGGACAUGGCUCUGGAUAAUAAACUCAUAACGCUCUCUAAACCGGCCUUAGAAAAGGGUCUUCCUGUGUACAUCGAGACGCCAAUAUGCAACGUGAACCGUGCUGUCGGUACAAUGCUGAGUCAUGAAGUCACCAAGCGGUAUAAUCUGGCAGGGCUUCCGAAAGACAGCAUUCAUGUGAAACUCGAUGGAAGUGCUGGGCAGAGUCUUGGUGCUUUCCUUUGCCCUGGUAUAACACUAGAGCUCGAGGGUGACAGCAAUGACUACGUUGGAAAAGGAUUGUCAGGUGGAAAAAUCGUGGUUUAUCCACCAAAAGGAAGCUUGUUUGAUCCGAAAGAGAACAUAGUGAUUGGUAAUGUAGCUCUGUAUGGAGCUAUCAGCGGUGAAGCAUAUUUCAAUGGUAUGGCUGCCGAAAGAUUCUGUGUACGGAACUCCGGAGCUACUGCAGUUGUUGAAGGAGUUGGUGAUCAUGGUUGCGAGUACAUGACAGGUGGCACUGUUGUUGUGCUAGGGAAGACAGGGAGAAAUUUUGCUGCAGGCAUGAGUGGUGGCAUUGCCUAUGUUCUUGAUAUUGACGGGAAAUUCCAUUCUCGUUGCAACCCGGAGUUGGUGGAUCUCGAUCGAGUCGAGGAAGAAGAGGACAUUAUGACUCUCAGAAUGACGAUACAACAGCAUCAGCGCAACACUAACAGCCAGUUGGCUAAGGAAGUGUUGGCCGAUUUUGACGAUCUCCUCCCUAAGUUCAUCAAGGUCUUCCCGAGAGAUUACAAGCGUGUGCUUGCGAGCAUGAAGAGUCAAUCAGCUGCUAAAGAGGUUGCUGAGAAGAUGGUUAAAGAAACUGAGGAUCAAGAUGAGGUGGAGUUGAAUCCGAAAGAUGCCUUUAACGAGCUAAAAAAGUUAGCAGCUGCAUCAGUGAAUGAUAAAUCCAUUCAGAUUGAGCCAUAAAAAUUGUGAGAGGAAGACCUAUCCAAGGUGGAUGAAACUGCCGAAUCAAAGAGGCCAAGUCAGGUCAAUGAUGCUGUUAAGCAUCGUGGGUUUGUUGCGUAUGAGCGUGAAGGUGUUCAGUACAGGGAUCCUAACAUCCGUAUGAAUGACUGGAAUGAAGUAAUGGAGGAAUCAAAACCUGGCCCUCUUUUAAAGACUCAGUCAGCUCGCUGCAUGGAUUGUGGUACUCCUUUCUGCCAUCAGGAGCACUCGGGAUGCCCGCUUGGAAACAAAAUACCCGAGUUCAACGAGUUAGUUUAUCAAAACAGAUGGCGUGAAGCAUUGGAUCGUCUUCUCGAGACAAAUAACUUCCCAGAAUUCACUGGCCGCGUGUGCCCUGCCCCGUGCGAAGGUUCUUGUGUUCUUGGCAUAAUUGAGAAUCCUGUCUCUAUAAAGAACAUAGAAUGUGCUAUCAUCGAUAAGGCCUUCGAAGAAGGGUGGAUGAAGCCAAGGCCUCCUCUCAAAAGAACUGGGAAGCGAGUUGCGAUAAUCGGAAGUGGACCAGCAGGUUUGGCCGCUGCCGAUCAGCUGAACAGAAUGGGCCAUUUGGUGACUGUCUAUGAGCGUGCUGACAGGAUCGGAGGGCUUAUGAUGUACGGAGUCCCCAACAUGAAGACUGACAAAGUGGAUGUAGUUCAACGACGUGUCAACCUCAUGGCAGAGGAAGGCAUCGACUUUGUGGUCAAUGCUAACAUCGGAGUUGACCCUGAGUAUUCUCUAGAGAGGCUCCGGGAGGACAAUGACGCCAUUGUUAUGGCAGUCGGAGCCACCAAGCCAAGAGACCUUCCUGUACCUGGACGGGACCUGCAGGGAGUCCAUUUCGCCAUGGAGUUCCUUCACGCCAACACUAAGAGCUUGCUCGACAGCAAUCUGGAGGAUGGCAACUACAUAUCCGCCAAGGGGAAGAAAGUGGUGGUCAUCGGCGGAGGUGAUACUGGGACAGACUGCAUCGGGACAUCCAUUCGCCAUGGCUGCAACAGCAUUGUGAAUCUAGAGCUUUUGCCCGAGCCACCAAAGGCUCGAGCACCAGGCAACCCUUGGCCUCAGUGGCCUCGUGUCUUCCGGGUGGACUAUGGACAUCAAGAAGCUGCAAACAAAUUUGGAAAGGACCCACGGACUUACCAAGUGCUGACCAAACGGUUCGUGGGAGAUGAGAACGGGAAGCUCAAGGGUCUCGAGGUGAUCCAGGUCAACUGGGAGAAGGAUGCCAGCGGGAAGUUCCAGUUCAAGGAGGUAGAAGGUUCGUUGGAGAUGAUUGAGGCUGAUCUCGUCCUGCUCGCAAUGGGCUUCCUUGGUCCCGAGGCGAACUUGGCAGAGAAGUUGGGUGUGGAGAGAGAUGCACGAUCGAACUUCAAGGCUGAUUAUGGCCGAUUCUCAACAAAUGUGGAAGGCGUGUUUGCUGCUGGAGAUUGCCGACGAGGACAGUCCCUCGUCGUAUGGGCUAUAUCCGAGGGAAGACAGACUGCAUCCCAAGUUGACAAGUACCUCAUGCGAGAAGAGGAUGCUGACGCGAUCAGCAAGGAACGUGGUGAUGCGAGAGAGCGAGACUUGACUAAGAAGCAGCGAGAAGACAAACACAGGGUCAUGACAUAGGCGAUGGAAAGCUCUGAGCUUUUCCAUUGCUGAUGGAUCAUACAGCGCGGCCGCUCGGAGAUAAAUAAUCGGUGGUCGUGAUGAUGACGAUGCAACAAUGUCAGUCAUGUUGUGAAGCUGAAGAUGGCUUUGAAAGGUUUAGCUGGAAGAUAGUAGUACAGGAACUAGGAAUUGUGUUGAUGCUGUUCUUUUUUGGGUUUUUGUUUCCCUCUGCCCCCAUGGUAUAGGUUUGAUAGUUUCAACAGCCACCUUAGUUUCGAGAGGUGGAUUUUGUUUUGGGUUUGUUGAGGAAAGAAUAAUGUGCAGUUUUGUUUGUUUAGGCGCUUUCCAACUUCAACUGCAAGCAAUAUAUAUGUAAUUUAUAUUGUAAGGGGGAAAUCUAAUACUAUUUUGAUUCGUCAAGUUUUCUCAAACAUAUGAUUGUCCUGGUAGAGAAGAAAACCUAUACCCAUGCUUCUGUGUCCUGCUUUAGCAGUGUUGUUGUAUGUGUAGUUAAUCUCUC